CUGUUAAGUCUGCCGGGGACUGAGAGAGAAGAAGAAGCGCACUUGUUUACGGAAGUCUUGAUACAAACGCGAAAAUAUGAUGUCAACCUGAUUUGGUUUUUUUUUUUUUUUUCGAAUGUCAAUUUUUUUUUUAAUUGAGACGCUUGUAUAAAGAAGAAAAUGGCGCAUGUAUCACACACCGGGGCAGUGCCAGGAGGAAGCUCGGUCAAACCCCCUAAAGGCUUCAAACCGUGGACUCUUGCGGUGCUGUCCAUUGUUGUUUCUGCCGUAGUUGUACUUGCUUUCGGUGCUUUCUACGCACUUUUGGACCCUAUUCUGCAAGAGCUGCAGGCCGGCAGAGUCAAGGGAGAAGAUGGGGCAGAGGUACCGAUGUUAGGCUUCUGGAGUAUCUUGGUUCUCUCGGUAAUAACGGGAUUGAGUUGCUGCGUCUUCUCAUGGACGCUGACCUACCUCAACUCCUACAAACCGGGCCUGGUGCCACCAACCAUUGCAACACUACUGUGCAGUGAGAAACCCCAACAAGAUUUGCUCUUGGAUUAUGGCGUCGCGCUCCUUAACGGCUGCAUGGCAACGUUUACCGUCAUCUGGAGCCUGAGAUGAAUUCAUUCUGCGUUUGUGUCCAACUAUGGCGAUGCCUGUUAAACAACAAUGAACUAUUAAAUUUGAUCUUUGUGAAAUGUUUUAUUCAUGUCAAAAAUACAUGUCAAGUAUUUUACAUUGUCACCAAAUUCCAGUACAGUGUGUGUACGUGUAUAUUUUAUAUAUAUAUAUAUAUAUAUAUAUAUAUAUAUAUAUAAAAAUUUGUAGAACGUUUCAGAAAACUCAUGUCCUGUAUAUAGAUUUUCAUAGUGCUGUGGAAAAGUGUUUGGUGUUUGUCACACCUAAAUGUUUUCCAGUAUCAACUAAUUUAAAGUUAAUACAGGUACACACAAAAUGCAGUUUUAAAAAAAAAAAUCCAACUCUUAAGUGACACUGUGAAAACAUGACCACGUCAGGACUAUGACGAGGCCCCUCCAUAGUCUUCAGUUUGUUUUCCGUCAGUCAUACAGAAUUGGACUUGCUGGUGUGUUUUGGAUUAUUGUCCUGCUGCAGGACCCAAGUUCGUUUCAGCAUGAGGUCACAGAUGGCUGGAUGGUGUUAGUUUCACACCAGAUGGGAUGCACAUCUUGCAAAAAGUUAUUUUGUCCGACCAGAGAUUUUCCCCAAAUGUCUUCAGGUAAAAUUGAGACAAGCCUUUAUGUUCAACAGUGGUUCUCAUCUUGGAAUUCUGCUAUGUGCGUCAUUUUUUGCUCAGCCUUUCUUAUGUUGGAGUCAUGAAGACACCUUAACUUUUGGUCAGCUGGCCAGUCCUAUAAAGAUUCACCACUG